UAAUGAGCAGAUUUUCUGAGAGAGAGGGAGAGAGAGAGAUUCAGAGAUCCAGCCGUAGGAGGAGAAGAGAUUGUAAAACCAAGACAGCAGGCAGGCUGUGCGUCAGCCGGCGCUCCAUAGGGAAACAUGGAGACGAGCAGGAGAUGCUGAAGAGGACGGAGCACGGCACAACACGAUCACAUAGAUGGAUGUUAUUUCAUCAAGCAGGCAACCUGAAGGCAACCCACGCAGAGGAUAAACCACUUAUGGAUGCAGUGGAUUAAAGAUCUACAGACGGACUGAGAGAGAGAGAGACAGAGAGAGAGAGAGAGAAAAGGGGAGAGGGGAGGGAUAGAAGAGGAGAAAUUAAUCAAUUCAGUUGUUUUCUUUUCAUUGCCUGUGCGCACUUUCUGUCAGAAAGAGUGUGAGCCUGCAUAUAGUGUAUGCGUGCAUUAAGCAGGAGACUGCACUGCUGCUCUCAGGUACCACAAGACAGACCAAAAAAAAGAAAGAAAGAAAGAAAGGCAGCCGAGCAGAUUACCUGAUGUAUUUUUUCCUUUUUUUCAUUUGUUCUCUCCCUCUUUCUGUGCAUGUGUGUGUGUUUCCUCUCUGUGCAACAAAGCACACUUUGUAUGUGUGUGAAAAGGCUGAGGAAAAGAGGAUGGUGGAGCCUGAAGUGAGCCUCAGAGUUUGAAAUAUUAUCAUUAGGAGGAGACUUGAGGAAAGGAAAAAAAAAAGAAAAAAAUCUUUAUUUUGUUCAUCACACAACAUGUCAGAGCUCCGGUCGGGGCCUCGGUGCUGAUCAGAGUGGCGUCUAUGCCGGAGGCUCUGAGGUUUGAAGGGCUGCCACCGGGGAAACUUCUCGGCUCUACACCCCAGAGAGGUGGAGGCAUCAUCAGGUAGGAGGCGGCAGAACGAGUGGGCCUGAGGAGAGAGCGGGAGAGAGUAGGAGGAAGAGUUUUUGGACCGUGUAGGCAGGCCGGUGUGGCUGCCUGAUGGUUUAAACUCCAGCUGAGAGAGGAUAAUGGCAGCUCGGGGCCCACUCUCCUCCUCACUCACCUGCAUGUGCCACAGAGAAGCCGGGAAGUGCUAGCCAAAGCUACGAAGAACCCACUAAGAGGAUGGUGUGAACAUCGUCGCACUAACCCGACCCACACUGACGACGGGAGACCCCUGACACAGCUGUGAGGGGCCACUUUUCACUGUUCACCUCGUUUCUCCUUCUCCCCCUUCUCCAGGCUUGCCGAAAUCAGAGGGUGGCAUUUUUUGACUUGUGUGGGAGUCCUCUCCCUCUCCCCCUACUCUGUCCUCCUCACCCCAGACACCAACCUCCGAACUCGGCUCCAUGGACUGAGUCUAGCAGCAAACUGUCCUUCUUUUUUCUCCCGUUGUUUUCUUUUUCUUUUCUUUUUCUUUUUGUCGAGGCUUCAGGGGAAUUGCCAAGACCUAUUUCAUGCAUGUCCACUGGCGGCAGGUUCAACUUUGACGAUGGGGGGUCAUACUGCGGAGGGUGGGAGGAGGGCAAGGCGCAUGGCCACGGGAUCUGCACGGGACCCAAAGGACAGGGCGAGUACUGCGGUUCCUGGGCCCAUGGCUUUGAGCUGCUGGGCGUCUACACUUGGCCCAGCGGGAACACCUACCAGGGCACCUGGGCUCAGGGCAAAAGACACGGUGUGGGCGUUGAGAACAAAGGCCGCUGGGUGUACAAGGGUGAGUGGACACACGGCUUUAAAGGACGCUACGGCGUGCGGGAAAGCACGGGGACGAGUGGGAAGUACGAAGGGACGUGGAACAACGGGCUGCAGGAUGGAUAUGGAACAGAGACUUAUUCGGAUGGAGGAACAUUUCAGGGCCAGUGGGUGGGCGGGAUGCGGCACGGCUACGGCGUUCGCCAGAGCGUCCCUUACGGCAUGGCGGCCGUCAUCCGCUCCCCGCUCCGAACCUCCAUAAACUCUCUCCGCUCUGGUUCCGAGCACAGCAACGGCACAGCCCUGCUGGACCGGACCGGCGCCGUGGUUCCCGGUCCUCCCCCUGUUCCCGGGACCCUGACCACCAGCGUAUCCAUGUGCAGCACGGGCAGCAGCGGCAGCAGCCCCGCCGUGUCCCGUGGCGGCUUCGUGCUCACGGCGCACAGCGAGGCCGAGCUGCUCAAGGGGAAGAGGAAGGGCGGGCUGUUUCGGAGAUCCAUCCUGUCUGGGCUCAAGCUGAGAAAGUCGGAGUCCAGGAGCUCUCUGGCCUCGCAGAGGUCCAAACAGAGCUCGUUCAGGAGCGAGGCCGGGAUGAGCACUGUGUCCUCAGCUGCAUCUGAUAUCAACUCUACUAUCAGCCUCGGAGAUGCAGACGCAGAGUUGGCCGUCGCCGACGACGACGUGGACGCCACGGCGACGGAGACCUACUGCGGGGAGUGGAAGAACGACAAGCGGACCGGCUUCGGCGUGAGCCGGCGGUCCGACGGCCUGCAGUACGAGGGCGAGUGGCUCAGCAACAAGCGGCACGGCUACGGCUGCACCGCGUUUCCCGACGGCACGAAAGAGGAAGGGAAGUACAAGCAGAACGUCCUGGUCAGCGGCAAGAGGAAGAACCUGAUCCCCCUCAGGGCCAGUAAGAUCAGGGAGAAGGUGGACCGGGCCGUGGAGGGAGCGCAGAAGGCGGCGGACAUCGCGCGGCAGAAGGCAGAGAUCGCCCUGUCCAGGACGGCUCACGCGCAGGGUAAAUCAGAGGCGGCGGUGGGAGCGUCCCAGAAAGCCCAGGAGGAGAGUCGUAUAGCCAGGGUCACCGCCAAGCAGUUCUCCCCUUCCUUCCAGCACCCAGGAAACGGUAUGGAGGUGCAGCGUCCCAAACGUCAGGUGUCCAGCGAAGUGGAGGGCGAGGGCUUGUCGAGUAGCGCGGGGACGGCCGACAGUCCGGACAUGUACUCGAAGAGCGCGGCCUCCGACGACCCGUCCAACGACGCCGUGACCCCUGACCUCAGCCCGCCUUCUUCCUCGCCGCCCCACACCCCGCCCCCUCCUGCCAGGCCAUCCCAACGAAGCAAGAGCGCCCGUUUCCACCGGCAGAGCGCCGUGGACCACGGGGACAGGGCGAAGGAGGGAGGGGACAGGGGUGAGAAGAGCGGGGGAGGAGGGCAUACGGAGAUUCAGGUGAUGAUGGAGGGAGGUGGUGGGGGAGGCGAGGGCGGUGGAGGGGAUAAAGGGGAGAACCAGAGGGCCAACAGCUGGAGCGAGGACAAGAGGAGAGGGGUGUUGUCAAAAGGUGGAGGCGGUGGGGUGAGCGGACGAGGAGCGAGCCGGACCAAUGGACACAAACACAGCUCCUCCAAUCACAAGUCGCGGGAGCACGGCUCCUCCAAUCACAGACAGGCCAGAGGGGACAGGUGGACAGAGUCAUCCUCGUCUGCCUCUUGGACAUCCGGGCACAGGGGCGUCCACGGGAGGGCGGGGAGGCUGCUGGAGCAGGACGAAGAGAAGAUCAGCAACUACGAGAUGGAGAUGAAGCCUUUACAGCCCAGAGACUCCACUACCCACAAGCCCCAUGGGCACGGGGAGGAGAGGCACGGGCACGGAGAGGGGCGCUCGCACACCGUGCAGAGACAGAGGCAUAAGAACCGAGAGGGGAGGGAGGGGAAAGAGGGCAAGGAGGGAGGCAAAGACUCAACGCACAAGCUGGACAGACCGGGGGAGAAGAUGGAUUCACGGCCUCUACGCCGGGACCUCACCCUCUCCCCCCCUCUGAAAUCCUCCCCCAUCACACCGGAGCAGCAGGACAUCAUGCAGAGCAAAGGCAACUCGGCCUACAGCUCCAUCCUGGUUGUCAUGGUGAUUCUGCUCAACAUUGGAGUGGCUAUUUUGUUUAUCCACUUUUUUAUUUAAAGAUAGCACUGCUUUCAGAGUCAGCCCACCUACAACGACAACAACAAACUACGAAUUCAUGUGAGUAUUACGGCGAAUCCGCUGACCCCCCCCGCCCGCCCAAAACACCAACCACCCACCCUCCGAGUUCCUGGGUAAGAGGGGGAAACUGCAGCCAGAGGACGGGAGAGGACUCGGACCGAGGAGGGCUCCACUGUCAUCAGGGCUAAGGGUGGCUAGCUGAGCUUGGUCUAGCCGUCACGGAACAGAUGCUGAAGCGCAAAGAAAAUGGAUGAGAAGCGGGAUGAUACAGUCCAGAACCUGGACCCAUGUGAGCUUCGUUUGUUCACAUAAAGAACUCGAGCUGGGCUGAACCGGUCUGAUUCUCAGGCCACCAGAGCUGCAAGUGUGCAGACCAGACAAGACAAACUUUUUCCAUCUUCAAAUCAUAGUUUUCAAACAGAUUUGUAACUUAAAAUUUAUUUAUUAACAUUUUCUCUCUCAUGUACAAUAUGUUGAUGGCUAUAUUCUUUUUUUUUUUUUGUAACCCCCUCCACCCCUCUUUAUAAAAAGCUCCUGCCUUCUGGUUCCUACCCCCGCCGGGGUUGUUGUUACCGAUGGCUCAGGUUGUGUUGUCAUCUGUGUCGGCUGAUAUGCAGACUCACAGAGCUGCACAGUGUGUGGUCUGUCUCUGUGCUCGCUGCUUCCUCCGUCCCUCGCGCUGAUGUCUGUCUCCUCUUAUUCUUCACCUCUUGAGUGUAAAAGGAGCGCGUCGGUGCAUGGUGCGCAUACAGCGGGGCAUGCAUGCAGGUGUGUUUGUCCAUCAACUGUGUGUCCGUGCGCGUGGUCUCCAAGUAGCUCAGUGGCCUUUCACGCUGUUCAUGAACUUUACGAGAGCAUCUCAUGAGCACACAGUCGCUGCACAGCCACAUCUGACCUACCAGCAUCAGCUGACAACUGCACCCUCUGUCCCUCCCACUCCGUCCACCUCCGCACGCACCAGUCAAGGCGGGUUGUCUUCGGCAAGGCCCCGCGCCUACCACCGCUCUGAGGGAAAACGCUUCCUCCAGUGUCUCAAAGCGCAAGGUCUGCGACUGCUCCUGUCGAAACCUAACCCGAAGACAACAUCUUUUAUACUACACUUGUGAGAUGUCUGAAAAAUAAACAGAAAAAAAAGGAGUCGCCACUUGCCUUGCUUUUGUAGCAACAAUGCAUGCAUAUGUACUGUAAUAUCUUAGUUGUGCGUUGAAUCUGAAAACAACAAAAUGAAAUAAAACAAGAUAAAACGCUUCAGAAGCACAUGCGACAUGUUAGGUUUGGAUAGGAGCGGCGUCCGGAGACCUGGGCCUGCUUCUCGUUGAGUUCUCCGGGAUUAAUGACGACAAUUAAAGUGGAGUGAGGUGAGGGGACGAUGGUGCAGGUUAAACACAAACCGUGGAUCAGGAUGAGGUGAAGGUUUAAACCAGGAUGUCAAACUGAUUUUAGUUCAGGUGUCACAUACAGCACAAUUUGAUCUCAAGCAGACCGGACCACUAGCAUAAUAACCUAUAAAUAACUCAAUUUUUUUUCCAAAAAGGCACAAGUAUAAAAAUGUUUACAUUUAAUGAACCACCACAAAACAACAACCUGAAACGUCUUAAGAAAAAUAAGAGCAAUUUGCAUUGCUGCCAUCUGCUGUUUAGUUCUGGUUCUGCAACUCUUACUAAACCAGUGCCACCCCCUAGUGGACAGGAUAGGUGUAGGGGUUACUUUUAUUCUCCGCAAGUUCAUCUCAGGGCCCAGAUUGGACCCUCCGGUGCAGCCGCAUGUUUGACACCCGUGGUUUAAAGCCCUCUGCUCUGAUCCAACUUCAGCGCAGUCACAGACACCAGUCGCAGUUUGUCUGUUUUUGCAUUUGCUUUGUGUUUCUGUGUCUCCCUGACCCAUCUGGCAGACCAGCCUUUGUGUUUGUUUGCUCAUCAGAGUGUGUGAACACGCGUGUGCAUCCUUUCCCUUCCACUCGAAGAGUCUGCGGGAUGUGCUGAGCCCGUCGCCAUCGGUAACAACUUCCACAGCGGUGGUGGGUGGCGGUGGUGGUGGUGGUGGUGGUGGUGGUGUGCAGUGGCUGUUGUAUUUUUUUGUUUUUCUGUCAGGCAGCAUUUCUCAAACUACGGGUUGGAGCUCCGAACUCGGCUGUAGGCUCAUUUCUGGCGUUUCCCCCCCCACAUUAUUGCAACAGCUCAGUCUAACGUGCCUGCACACCCGAGAGGCAGAUCAAUAGGUUUUUUUUAUUUCAUGUUGGGUCCCAGAAUGAGACGGGUUGAAGAAGCUCUGCCUGGUGACGAUGCCCUGCACCACCCCGUUAGUCCGCAGCAUGCUACAGCAUGCCAAGCUCUCUCUAUAGUUUGACUCUCCUCUUUCUUUCUUUCUUUCUUUCUUUCUUUCUUUCUUUCUUUCUUUCUGUUUCUGGGAAUUACUCUGUUUUGUUUUUCAGUUGUGUGGAGAAAAUAAUGAAAGUGUUUGAAAGAACUCGGCUGGCUCGUGUGUUUUUGAUCUCGCUCCUUCUUUGUCUUGUGUUUUUCGUACUUUGUGUGUGUUGCGGGUUUGCAGCAUCAGUGAUGCAGAGAGAGGGAGUGGUACAGGCCUGGCUUAGAGGGAGGGGUGCGGUCACUAUAGCAACCCUAACUGAAUUGUCCUCCGUCAGAAAAGGGGAUGGGCGGGGCCUUGGUGAGUGGGCGUGGCUUGUCUCAAUGCGAGCACGGGAGGAUGGAGAGAGGAGGAUCUGUGCUGGUGGAAACGAGAAGAACGACAACAGAUGGAGAAAUGUUAAAGGAAAAAUGGAGUGGGUGAAGUAAAUCCGAGUGUAAUUCUCUUUCAAACAUCAAUUUUAGGUUGUGUUUAUGUGUUUUUUUCACUAUGUGAGGAGACAUCAAAGUGUAAAGAUGGCUGCAACACCGUCCGCAUCCAUCAGCAGGUGUGCUGCAGCAUCAGGUUUCAGAAAAUGGAUAUCUGGCGCCAUCCUCUGGACAAAAACACCAACUACCAAAUAAAAGCAUUCAAGUGGGGGAUUACUGUACAAAGUAAACACGCACUUUCCAGUUCAUUAGGCAGAGAAGUGAAAAUAAAUGCAUGCUGAUAUAACAGUUAUAUCUCCAUGAAGGUAUUCAGCAUUAGUUUAAAAUAACCCAGAGAGCUGUUGUUUCAACAGUGAGCCUGGGGUUUGUAGUACAGUUUGUGUUGUGCUGACAAGUGUUUCUAUAAUUUUGACAUCUCCAUUGUAGUCAGUGGUUUAGGCCAAACAACAGAAAACUUUUUAAUUCAAUCCAGUUUAACAGUACCACAAACUAUGUCCUCCAGAAUGAUCAACUAGCUGAAUUACCACCUUUCUGACGCGGUUUCAAUGUAAACUGAUUAUUAGAACAGUCAUGCAGCACUCACUAGUGUAACUAAUGUAUCUAAGUGAGCGUGUAAACAGUAUAUUUGUAAACAUAUUGAAGUUUUUUUAGUGUUAUCCUCCUCCCCUUCACUGAAAAUUUCCAUUCAUUCUCGUGUUUGUGCAGUGCAGGAGCUGACUUUCCACAGCGCACUCAUUCAAGUUGUGUAUCGGAUCAGAGAUGGCUUCCAGACCUGUUUGCAUGUCUCAAAUCCUGCUUGCAGGAGCAUGUCUUAAAUUUAAUUUAGGUGAGAAAGUUUUCCAGGAGAUGAGCGGAGAAGACAUGCCAUGCACUCCUCUUCAAAGAAACAGUUUAUGUCGGUAUAAACAGUUUUAAUUACAUUAAAAAAAAAAAAGAUACUAAUACUAACACCAAUGCACUCUCACUUGCCAAAACAUUAGGUACACUAGUGAAAACAAAUGCAUUCUGAUUUAACAGUCCUGCACUAAAGCUCCAUUCAUGACUUUAAAUAUUUAGCUCGUGUUGAUACAGCACCAGAAAGUUGGUGAUUUAAAUGCAUCAUCGUUGUGGAGGAUGUAGUUUGUCAAAAUAAUAGAAACGUGUCGGUACAACAAACCACAGCCUCCAAAAUGACAACCAGUUGAAUCAACAACUCUCUCUGUUAUUUUAGACAAAUACUAAAACCCAAUACCCUAAUAAAGCUAAGAUUCAAUGCAGGAAUGUUAUAUUUAAGAUUUGCUUUCACCAGUGUCAUAAAACUCGCUGUUGCCUAAAAGUUGACUUCUCUUUUUUGUGCUAGUCUAACAGCUCUGAUAAACACAUUAUUCUUAUAUUA